CCCGCAUCACUCGUGUCCUCGUGUACUACUCGUCGCUUCGCUCCCGACCGCAUCGCGAUCAGUCACCUCCUCCUCCUCUCCGCCUCGCCGGAGAUCAGACGAGGCGCCGCCGGGAGAUGGACGCCUCCUACCGCCGCGCCGGCUCCGGAGGCGGCUCCGCGCCGCGCUCCGUCGAGGACAUCUUCAAGGACUACCGCGCCCGCCGCUCCGCCAUCCUCCGCGCCCUCACCCACGACGUCGAGGAGUUCUACGCGCAGUGCGAUCCAGAGAAGGAGAACCUGUGCCUGUACGGGUACGCGAACGAGGCGUGGGAGGUGGCGCUGCCGGCGGAGGAGGUGCCUACGGAGCUGCCGGAGCCGGCGCUCGGGAUCAAUUUCGCGCGCGACGGGAUGAACCGCCGCGACUGGCUUGCGCUCGUCGCCGUCCACUCCGACUCGUGGCUUGUCUCCGUCGCAUUCUACUACGCCGCGCGGCUCAACCGCAACGAACGGAAGCGUUUAUUUAGCAUGAUGAACGAGCUGCCAACUGUUUUUGAAGUUGUCUCUGGUGGCGGGAAACAGUCUAGGGAGAGGGACAGAUCCGCUUCCGACAACAGUGGUAGAAAUAAACUGUCAGUGAAGCCUCUCCAGCAUACAAGCGAGCCACGCAUAGAAAAUAACGCCAGUGAGCCCGACGAGGGCUACGAUGAAGACGACGGUGACCACAGCCAAACAUUGUGUGGGACUUGCGGUGGGAUAUACAGCGCGGACGAGUUCUGGAUCGGGUGCGACAUUUGCGAGAAGUGGUACCACGGCAAGUGCGUGAAGAUCACCCCAGCAAAGGCAGAGAGCAUAAAGCAGUACAAGUGCCCGAGCUGCUCAAAGAGACCUAGGCCACUGUAGCACCGUCCUUCGCGCUGGAGGACGGGCUUGGCGGUGGCGCCCCCCACCAUAGAUGGAAACCUGCACAAGCAGGAGGUCCGGAGUUUACUCCUUGUGCAAAGGUCAAUGCAGGAGGUCCGGAGUUUACUCCUUGUGCAAAGGUCAAUGCAGGAGGUCCGGAGUUUACUACUUGUGCAAGGUCAAUACCGUCUUGCGAUGUUUACUGUAUCUUUUCGAUUUAGCUUAUAUAUGACUGACGAUGGCGAUGCUGAUGUGAGGUACGAUCACACAUAUUGAUUAUAGCCUUUAUUGUUGUUUCUCCUUGCCCUGGAGUGAGUUAACGGUAGUCUGUAUGUUGCCGGAAAAGGAAAUAGGGGCAGUAAGGAAGCCUUUGUAAUGUUCCUAAAUGUGAAACGAGCAGCUUAUGCAACAAUAAUCCGAGAGGUUUGUGUUAAUAUUUUACUCAGACCUGA